AAAAGCAUUCCUCUACCCUGGCCAUAUAUUUUCCCUGUACUUUGAAGUCUGGUUUUGUAUAUAACAUAUUACACUCUUGCAUUUCUUUGUUUUUUUCUUUCUGAAAACUAAAGAAACAUUCAUUAAACAUGUCUUGCUUUAAGGGAAAGUAUCAUGAUGAACUGAUAGCCAAUGCCACAUACAUUGGCACUCCUGGAAAGGGAAUUCUUGCAGCAGAUGAAUCAACUGGCACAAUUGGCAAGCGUCUUGCUAGCAUCAAUGUUGAGAAUAUUGAGCCAAAUAGGCGUGCAUUUCGCGAGCUUCUUUUCUGCACUCCAGGUGCCCUGGAAUGCCUUAGUGGCGUAAUCCUUUUUGAGGAAACACUUUAUCAGAAAACAGCUGACGGUAAGCUAUUUGUUGACAUUCUGAAAAAGAAUGGUGUUCUUCCUGGAAUCAAAGUCGACAAGGGCAUUGUUCAGCUUGCCGGAACUAAUGCUGAAACCUCAACCCUUGGUCUUGAUGGUCUAGCUGAGCGCUGCCAGAAGUAUUAUGAGGCUGGUGCUCGAUUUGCUAAAUGGCGAGCUGUGCUAAAACUUAGUUCAACUGAACCAUCUCAGCUUGCUAUUAAUGAGAAUGCUAAUGGCUUGGCACGUUAUGCUAUUAUCUGCCAAGAAAACGGCUUAGUACCUAUUGUUGAGCCAGAGAUUUUGGUUGAUGGAUCCCAUGAUAUUGAUUGUUGCGCAGAUGUGACCGAGCGUGUCCUUGCAGCUUGCUACAAAGCACUCAAUGAUCACCAUGUCCUCCUGGAAGGAACUCUUUUAAAGCCAAACAUGGUCACACCAGGUUCAGAUAACUCAAAGGUAAAACCUGAAGUGAUCGCUGAUUAUACAGUCAGGGCAUUGCAGCGGACGGUUCCUCCUGCUGUUCCUGCAAUUGUGUUUCUUUCUGGUGGACAAAGUGAGGAGGAAGCCACUAUAAAUUUGAACGCAAUGAACAAACUCAAGGGCAAAAAGCCUUGGUCUCUUACAUUCUCAUUCGGCCGUGCUCUUCAGCAGAGUACUCUCAAGGCAUGGGGAGGAAAGGAGGAAAAUAUUAAGAAAGCACAGGCUGCUUUCCUUGUAAGAUGCAAAGCUAAUUCGGAAGCUACUUUAGGUUCUUACAAGGGUGACGCUAAACUGGGAGAGGGUGCUGCGGAGAGUCUUCACGUUAAGGAUUACAAGUAUUAAUCCCUGGAAGAAGGUCUAUUUCAGGUUCCUGAUGUGAAGGUCAACUACUUAUUCUUUCUAUCUCUAUUUAAAUGAGUAAUUACAGAGAAUGAAAGAAAAUAGACUUUUCUUAGUUCUUUUUCUUCUAUUUUGCCUUUUCAAUUGUAAUGGUGCAACUGUGCUGAUAUGCUUUUUCAGCAUCUAGUUGUGUGCCUGAUUUGGGAUAUGAAUUAUAUAGGAGAUUUACUUUACAAUUAAAGAGUGCUGAUCUAUUUUCCUCCAUCGUUCAGUUUGUUCCUUUGGUUUUUCACCAAGAUUUUUUGAAUAAUAUUGAAUUUUUUUGCCCCACUA